AUGGCUGCGCAGCAGGCUCCGAACAUGCAGGGCAUGAGUUUCAACGCCGCGCCACCACCCCAGUUCACCGCGCCACCACCCCAGUUCGCCGCGCCACCACCCCAGUACGCCGCCACAGGGCCAGCCCCAGCGCCGAACAAUCCGGGAUGUUGCUGCGAUAAUAACAAGCGGUCUCCGCUGUACACGUGGCUCCCUUUCGGCCUCCGCAUCGGCAUCUUCCUCUUCUGCCUCGUCUCUUUCAGUCUGUGCUUCGCCACCAAGGAGGCGGUGACGGGGUACGCCGCGGGCGCGUUUCUGGUGGGCGUCACCAUUCUGGGGUUCAUAUUGGCGCUUAUGCUCUUCAUCUACAACGCCGUGCGCAUGUGCGUCGCGGGCUCCGAGGCGUACGACGCCGUGAUGGACCUCGUGCAGUUCUUUGAGACCUACAUUAUGUCACUCCUUCUGUUCGCCGCCGCCACGUCCGCAGCAGCUGCGUGCAACAUGUGGUGGAAUGCCAGCGACUUGAACAGUGCGAUGAGUGGCAAUCUCAGUGAUAAUGAGAUCAAGAACCUGUUGGUCACAUUUAGCAUGAGCAACACAGUCACUUCACAAUUGAGUUACGGAACUCUUCUUAAGCAAAUCGUGGAUGAUGCUAAUGCGAAUGUGAGCAAGGUGCGUGGGGCAUGUGCGAUGGCAUAUUUCGCGGCCUUCAUCUACAUCGCCAUGUUCUGGUAUUACAUCAUCCGCAUCCACAAGCGCGGCAUGCUCAAGGCCAUUGCUGACGCCGCUGUGCCGCCAGCAGGCAAGGCCAACGUGCCUCCUUACAACGUGUGA